AUGCUUGAAUGGACUCGUAUGGAGGCAUCUGGACUUGGAUUUGGUGUGGUUAUCAGAAGGUUCGGUAAUGGAUUGGAUAGAAGAAACGUCUUUGUAACAAUGUUGUGCGAAAGAAGCGGGAGCUAUCGAACUCUUAUCCAGAGUUAUAAAAGAGACGAAACGGGUAGUAGAAAAUGUGAGGUUCUGUUUAAGCUUCGUGAUUACAUGUUGGCUAACAAAAAAAUGGAGAUUUAA